AUGUCAAACAAAGACCAAGAAAUCAAAGAAGAAGCACCAGUUGCUAUUGAAGAUCUUUCAAACCCAGUUGUUGUUGAUUCAUACAAUGCUGCUGGUAUUAUUGCAAAUAAUGCAAUUAAACAUGUAAUUUCAAAAUGUGUUGUUGGAGCAUUAGUUGUUGAUAUUUGUCAAUAUGGUGAUGAUUUCAUUGAAGCAGAAGCAGCAAAAACAUUUACAAAGAGAAAGAAUUUAGAAAAGGGUAUUGCAUUCCCAACAUGUGUUUCAGUUAAUAAUUGUGUUGGUCAUUUUUCACCAUUAAAAGGUAAUACACGUACAUUGAAACAAGGUGAUGUUGUAAAGAUUGAUUUAGGUUGUCAUAUUGAUGGUUACAUUGCAGUAGGUGCACACACCAUUAUCAUUGGUAACACAUCAGCUGAAUCAAUGACUGGUAAGGUUGCCGAUGCAAUUUGUGCUGCCCACUACGCAUUGGAAGCAGCAUUAAGAAUGAUUCGUCCAGGUAAAACAUCAAAUGAAGUCACUCAAGUCAUUGAAAAGAUUUCCGAUAUGUAUGGCGUCACUAGUGUUUCAGGUAUUUUAUCACACGAAUUAAAACGUUUCAUUAUCGAUGGUGAAAAAGUAAUCUUCUCAAAGAAUGAACCAUCACAAAAGAUUCAAACCUAUGAAUUCCAAGAGAAUGAAGUUUACUGCAUCGAUAUCGUCAUGAGCACUGGUGAAGGUAAAGCUCGUGAAGAAGCUGAUCGUCCAACCAUUUACAGAAGAAAUUUAGAUAGCACUUACAAAUUAAAAUCAAAGGCCUCUCGUGAUUUCAAAGAUCAAAUCGUUAAACGUUACUCUGCCCUUCCAUUCCCAUUAAGAAACUUUGAUGAAAAAGUUAGCAAACUCGGUUUGGUCGAACUCGUUGAACAUCAAGUUUUAGCCGCUUACCCAGUACUCUUUGAUAGAUCCGGUUGUGAAGUCGUUCAAUUCAAAACUACCGUUUUAGUCUUACCAAAUGGUAACCAUAAACUCAUUGGUACUGAAUUCCCAUUACCAUUCGUUAGAUCAGAAUUCUCUGUCACUGAUGAUGCCAUCAAAGCUUUAAUCGCUUCACCAUUGAAAAUUAAUAAAAAAGCUGCCAAAAAAGCUUCCGCCACUACCAUUGAUGUUAAAAUGCAAUAA